AUGGCUAUGAUUGGGAUUGUACCUGAAGAACUAAAAGAAGAAAACUAUGAGUUCUGGAAGGUAUGCGUAAAGAGUUAUCUAGUUGGUCAAGGUCUGUGGGCUGUUGUCUCGAGAGAAGCUACAUCCGCCGAAGAGGCUACACCAGAAUGGCAAAAGAAGAACGCUCAGGCUUUACAUGCUAUUCAACUAGCCUGUGGAUCACGUGCCUACUCCAAGUACAAGAAGAACACACAUGUCUCCGCUAAAUUUGCUUGGGAUCACUUGGCCGAGAUGCGUCCUAGCGCAUUACACGAUACUGAAGUUACACCUGAUCAUGGUCUCCCUGGUGAAAUACCUGGGGUUAAUGAGCACUUUCGACAUGAAAAGCUAUACAAUGCUGUGGAAGAUGGUGAUAUCGAACUAGUGAAGGAGAUCUUUAAGAACGACCCGGAUGCUGGUAGAGCAAUCGUAACUCUUCACAGAGAUACAGCUCUCCAUGUUGCAAUCCUCUCCGGAAAUAUUAAGAUUGCACUUGAAUUGGUGAAGCAGAUGACCCCAGAAGACCUGGAAAUUGCUAAUGAGUUUGGUGCCACUCCUCUCUCUCUUACAGCUAUAACGGAAAGUACAAAAUUGGCUAAGGCCAUGGUGCAAAAGAAUCGUAUGUUGGUUACAAUAAAAAAAGGAAAUACUGAUGAAAGCUCACUUCCUGUGAUUGUGGCUUCAAUGUAUGGUAGAAAGAAAAUGGUUCACUAUCUCUACUCCAGGACUCCAAAGGAGCUGUUUGACCCGACAAGAGGCAUGGAAGGUGUGCUGCUUCUGAAUAAUUUGAUCACCGCAGAUUUAUUUGAUAUUGCUUCCAUGCUACUAAAUAGGUUCCCACAGCUAGGCGUCACCCCUGAUCACCAUGGCAAUUACGCUCUUCAUAAAUUGUCUCACAAGCCUUCCGCGUUUGCAAGUGGAAGCGAAUUUCCUUUCUGGAAACAUUGGAUUUAUCGAUGUGUGCGUAUACAUUCUCCAUGGGAUGUUCAGACCCAAAAAAGUGACACUUCAAAUGGCUCAGAACAUGAAAUAGACAUCGAUCAAUCCAGUACUGAAGAAGAACUUAUCAGCCAUCCUACCUUACUACAUCAACUAGGAUGGUUUUUGCUACGAUCUUUCGUACCAGAUAUCAAGCAUUUGCAUGAAAAAAAGUUGGUAAAUGAUGAAGCAAGUAAACUCCUCAGCUGCAUUUUUAAGGAAAUGAGGGACAUGAGUCGCUCACAACUUGAAAAGAUGGAAAUCGAUAAGGCCUUGCAUGGUGCAAUUAAGCAUGGAAUCGUUGAGUUUGUGGUGGAGCUGCUAAAAUACAAUCCGGAGUUCAUAUGGAGGAAAGACAAAAGAGGAAGGUCAAUUUUUUCACAUGCAAUCAUUCUUCGCCAAGAAAAGAUCUUCAGCCUUUUUUAUAGUUUAGGGACAAGGAAAAGCAUCGUAGCUAGUAGACAUGAUAUAUUCCACAACAAUUUUCUACAUCUUGCAGCAAAGCUCUCUCCUCCGGCUCAACUUGAGCGUGUUUCGGGAGCUGCCUUACAAAUGCAAAGGGAACUGCAAUGGUAUAAGGAGGUGGAAAGCUUAGUACAACCGAAAUACAAAGAUCAAUUGAAUGAAAACAAUUGGAAGCCUAGCACAUUAUUCACUGAAGAACACAAGGAUCUAGCAAAAGAAGGCGAAAAAUGGAUGAAGAAUACUGCAGGGUCAAGUAUGAUUGUAGGAACUCUUAUUGCUGCGGUCAUGUUUACAACAGCCUUCACCAUACCUGGUGGCACCAACGAUAGAUCUGGUCUACCCAUCAUGUUAUACACUGACAGAAACACGUUCAUGAUCUUUAUGAUAUCAAAUGGACUAUCUCUCUUCGCAUCAUCCACCUCAGUGUUGAUGUUCUUAGGAAUUCUCACUGCAAGAUAUGCAGAGAACGACUUCCUUAUGUCUUUACCCACCAAAUUGAUCUUUGGAAUUGCAUGCCUUUUCUUCUCGAUAGUUACCAUGAUGGUUUCUUUUGCAGCUGCUAUGUAUCUAAUGCUCCAUAAGACUUUAGAAUGGGUCUCCAUACCUCUUAUUAUUUUCUCUACUUUGCCUGUACUUCUCUUCUCAGCCCUUCAGUUUCCGCUCCUAUUGGAAAUGGUUUUUCGUACAUAUGGGUCUACAAUUUUUGAGAAACAUAAGAAAUUUGCCACCUCUACCAUGAAGUCUCUCCGUUAG